AUGUCGAAAGGUGAAAGGAGAUUUGGUGGCCAAAUAAAGCCUCCCAGGUCCUCAUGAGCGCUGGCUCUUUGUCCACCUCUGUCUGUCUGACUCCGUGUGCCAGGCUCUCACCCACCCUCUGACAGAUAGCACUUUAAUGAGGAUUUGUGGCCACACUAUUAGACUUGGGCUGUUUUGUAGAUUUUUACUGUUUUAUAGUAGGUCUCUUUUAUCUAUAUCAAGUGAAUUUGUUCUAUAUGUACAGUAGGUAGAGCAAGUAUAAUUUCUCUCAUUAUUGUAUGGCAUCGGUGGGUUGAUGAUUGUCAAAAUCUGGCUGAUUAGGAUCAGAGGUGAUACACAUAUUUAAGUGCAGUUCAAUAUAGUUUCCUUGACUUUUUUUAGCAUGACUAUUUACAUAGCAUGCUUAAAUCCAACAUUUGUCCAUACAAUGAAAUAGUCCCUUGAUUCCGGCCCUCUGUAUUAUAAAGCUUGCCCCAUACUGCCCUCUGGAAAAAGCCACGGAUUAGUGAACAUGGUUCACCACCUUGUGGUUGAGUUUAGAAUUGUUACAUUACAUCCAGGAGCUGGUUAACAUGUGUUGUCUACUGUACUACUAUAAAGCUUUAUCUCUCUACUUGUCUCCAUGUCAUUCCAGGGAUCGUCUUCUCUACUCUGGUGUUUGGGCCUGCCUGUGGUUUCCUCCUGGGGUCGCUCUGCACCAAGUUCUAUGUGGACUUCCUAUUCAUCGACACCAGUGAGUUACUGGGAAAUACAACCUCACAUCACUCCAACACUGUUCUAUGGAAAAACAAUUGAGAUGUGGCAGGUAGCUUAGUGGGUAAGAGCAUUGUGCCAGUAACCGAAAGGUCGCUGGUUCUAAUCCCCGAGCCGACUAGGUGAAAAAUCUGUCGAUGUGCACUUAAGCAAGGCACUUAACCCUAAUUGCUCCUGUAAGUCACUCUGGAUAAGAGUGUCUGCUAAAAUGUAAUGUCCAUUAACCUAGCAACACAUAAUUAGAGCUAAGUACUUUGUUAUUCAAGGUAAACCAAAAUAAUGUACAUUUUGUUUAUUAACAUUAUAGUAUUAUUAUUGAAUGAUUGAAUUAUGAGCCUAUAAUGUAAUUGUUAAAUUCAAGUUAAAUUAACACUCUCCCUCUAGAAUCUAACAUUGGAAUUCCUCAGUAGUUGAAUAUAAGCCAAGAAGCAAGUGUUUUCCUCUCAAUAUUUAGUCUGAUAAAAGUAUUCCCUCUCCGCAGGUAAGCUGGACAUCACCUCUGAUGACCCUCGGUGGAUCGGAGCCUGGUGGGGGGGCUUCCUCCUGUGUGGUGCCUUACUCUUUUUCUCAUCCCUCUUCAUGUUUGGCUUCCCCCAAACCCUGUCAGACCGAGAGAAGGACAGGGACGGUGGAGGGGAGAGUGAGCAGGCCAUGCUCCCCUCUACCUCUCUGCCCCUGGACUAUACUGAGAUGCCCAAGUCCAGCAACGGGGUCGUACACAAUAACCAUGAGCCUGUCAACGGCCCCACCUGCUUUCAGCAGCUCAGAGGUGAGAGGGGGGACAUUUUUUCUGUCUCUUUAUAUUGCAUUGAGUAUUUUGCAGUUAAAUUAACACUUGUUAUGUUUUAUUAUAUUAUUAUAUUGUAUAUAGUGUUGCACAUCACUUGUUCUCCAUCUGUAUACCACCAUGAUUUGUUAGAAUACCUCACAAUCAAAUGCCGACCCUAUUAACUCCCAAGAGAAUUAUCUUCGGUUAUAGUCACAGCCGUGUAUAUUCCCCCUCAAGCCGAUACCACGACGGCCCUCAAGGAACUACACUGGACUUUGUGCAAACUGGAAACCACAUAUCCUGAGACCGCAUUUAUUGUAGCUGGGGAUUUUAACAAAGCAAAUUUGAGGAAAACGCUACCGAAGUUCUAUCAACACAUUGCCUGUAGUACUCGCUCAUCAAAAACUCUCGACCAUUGUUACUCCCCUUUCCGGGAUGGUUACAAGGCCCUCCCCCGCCCUCCCUUCGGAAAAUCAGAUCACAACUCCAUCCUGCUCCUCCCUUCUUAUAGGCAGAACUUCAAACAGGAAGGACCCGUGCUAAGGUCUAUUCAACGCUGGUCUGACCAAUUGGAAUCCAUGCUUCAAGAUUGUUUUGAUCACGCGUACUAGGAUAUGUUCCGUGUUGCCUCUGAGAAUAACAUUGACGUAUACAUGGACACGGUGACUGAGUUCAUCAGGAAGUGUAUAGGGGAUGUUGUUCCCACUGUGACUAUUAAAACCUACCCAAACCAAAAACCAUGGAUAGAUGGCAGCAUUCGCGCAAAACUGAAAGCGCGAACAACUGCAUUUAACCACGGCAAGGUGACUGGGAAUAUGGUUGAAUACAAACAGUGUAGUUAUUCCCUCCCACGGGGGGCCAGUAUGAAAAAUAUAAAUAAUGUAUAAACUCACUAACUGUAAGUCACUCUGGAUAAGAGCGUCUGCUAAAUGACUAAAAUGUCAAAUGUAACGCAAUCAAACAGGCAAAACUUCAGUACAGAGACAAAGUGGAGUCGCAAUUCAACGGCUCAGACACGAGACGUAUGUGGCAGGGUCUAUAGACAAUCACAGAUUACAAAGGGAAAACCAGCCACGUCGCGGACACCGACGUCUUGCUGCCGGACAAGCUAAACACCUUCUUCACCCGCUUUGAGGAUAACACAGUGCCACUGACGCAGCCCGCUCCCAAGGACUGUGGGCUCUCGUUCUCCGUGGCCGACAAAAGUAACAUUGACUAUAGCUUAGCCUUCAACACCAUAGUACCCUCCAAGCUCAUCAUCAAGCUUGGGGCCCUGGGUCUGAACCCCGCCCUGUGCAACUGGGUCCUGGACUUCCUGACGGGCUGCCCCCAGGUGGUGAAGGUAGGAAACAACACUUCAACUACGCUGAUCCUCAACACAGGGGCCCCACAAGGGUGCUUGCUCAGCCCCCUCCUGUACUCCUUGUUCACCCAUGACUGCGUGGCCACGCACGCCUCCAACUCAAUCAUCAUGUUUGCAGACGACACAACAGUAGUAGGCCCGAUUACCAACAAUGACGAGACCGCCUACAGGGAGGAGGUGAGGGCCCUGGCGGAGUGGUGCCAGGAAUAUAACCUCUCCCUCAAUGUCAACAAAACGAAGGAGCUGAUCGUGGACUUCAGGAGACAACAGAGGGAGCACACCCCUAUCCACAUCGACGGGACUGCAGUGGAGAAGGUGAAAAGCUUCAAGUUCCUCAGAGUACACAUCGCCGACAAUCUGAAAUGGUCUACCCACACAGACGGUGUGGUGAAGAAGGCGCAACAGCGCCUCUUCAACCUCCGGAGGCUGAAGAAAUGUGGCUUGGCCCCUAAGACCCUCACAAACUUUUACAGAUGCACAAUUGAAAGCAUCCUGUCGGGCUAUAUCACCGCCUGGUACGGCAACUGCACCGCCCGCAACCGCAGGGCUCUCCAGAGGGUGGUGCGGUCUGCCCAACGCAUCACCGUGGUCACACUGCCUGCCCUCCAGGACGCUUACAGCACCCGAUGUCUCAGGAAGGCCAAAAAAAUCCUCAUGGACAUCAACUACCCGAGCUUCGGCCUGUUCACCCCGCUAUCAUCCAGAAGGCGAGGUCAGUACAGGUGCAUCAAAGCUGGGACAGCUUCUAUCUCAAGGCCGUCAGACUGUUAAAUAGCCAUCACUAGCCAGCUACCACCCGGUUACUCAACCCUGCACCUUAGAGGCUGCUGCCCUAUGUACAUAGACAUGGAAUCACUGGUCACUUUAAUAAAAAAAAUAUCUUACUAGUCCCCCGUGGGAAUUGAACCCACAACCCUGGCGUUGCAACCGCCAUGCUCUACCAACUGAGCUACACGGGACUAAUAAUGGAACACUAGUCACUUUAAUAAUGUUUACAUAGUGCUUUACUAAUUCCAUAUGUAUAUACUGUAUUGUACUGUAUUUUAGUCAAUGCCAUUCCGACAUUGCGCAUCCUAAUAUUUAUAUAUUUCUUAAUUCCGUUCUUUUACUUUUAGAUUUGUGUGUAUUGUUGUGAAUUGUUAGAUACUACUGCACUGUUGGAGCUAGGAACACAAGCAUUUCGCUACACCCGCAAUAACAUCUGCUAAAUAUGUGUAUGUGACCAAAACAAUUUGAUUUGAUUUGAUUUGGCUUAUGGCUGUUACGUGCCCACACAUGGUUCUAUACAGUACUCAUGUCAAUGUUGGAGCAUUCCGUAUGAGGCCAAAUAAACAUAUUGUAGUCUCCACAAUCUAGAAGAUACUCAAAUCAAAUCCAAUGUUAUUGGUCACAGGCUUAGUAAACAACAGGAGUAAACUAACAGUGAAAUGCUUACUUACGGGCCCUUCCCAACGAUGCAGAGAGUAAAAUAUAGAAAAAAAUACACAAUAAGUAACGAUAACUUGUCUAUAUACACUGGGGACCAGUACCGAGUCGAUGUGCAGGGCUACGAGGUAAUUUAGGUAGAUAUGUACAUAUACAGUGCCUUCGGAAAGUAUUCAGACCCCUUGACUUUUUAAAUUUUUAAAUUUUAGUCAUUUUAGCAGACGCUCUUAUCCAGAGCGACUUACAGUUAGUGAGUGCAUACAUUUUUCAUACUGGCCCCCCGUGGGAAUCGAACCCACAACCCUGGUGUUGCAAGCACCAUGCUCUACCAAUUUCCACAUUUUGUUACGUUACAGCCUUAUUCUAAAAUUGAUUAAAUAGUUUUUUUCCCUCAUCAAUCUACACAAUCUACACACAGUAUACCCCGUAAUGACAAAGCAAAAACAGGUUUUUAGAAAUGUUAAAAAUAAAAAACUGAAAUAUUACCCUUUACUCAGUACUUUGUUGAAGCACCUUUGGCAGCGAUUACAGCCUCAAGUCUUCUUGGGUAUGACGCUUGGCACACCUGUAUUUGGGGAGGAUUCUCCUAUUCUUCUCUGCAGAUCCUCUCAAGCUCUGACAGGUUGAAUGGGGAGUGUUAAUGCACAGCUAUUUUCAGGUCUCUCCAGAGAUGUUCAAACGGGUUCAAGUCCGGGCUCUGGCUGGGCCACUCAAGGACAUUCAGAGACAUGUCCCGAAGCCACUCCUGCGUAGUCUUGGCUAUGUGCUUAGGGUUGGUAUCCUGUUGGAAGGUGAACCUUCGCCCCAGUCUGAGGUCCUGAGCGCUCUGGAGCAGGUUUUCAUCAAGGAUCUCUCUGUACUUUGCUCCGUUCAUCUUUCCCUCGAUCCUGACUUAUCUCCCAGUCCCUGCCGCUGAAAAACAUCCCCACAGCAUGAUGUUGCCACCACCAAUCUUCACCGUAGGGAUGGUGCAGGUUUCCUCCAGACAUGACCCUUGGCAUUCAGGCCAAAGAGUUCAAUCUUGGUUUCAUCAGGCCAGAGAAUCUUGUUUCUCAUGGUCUGAGUCUUUAGGUGCCUUUUGGCAAACUCCAAGCGGGCUGUCAUGUGCCUUUUACUGAGGAGUGGCUUCCAUCUGGCCACUCUAUAAAGGCUUGAUUGGUGGAGUGCUGCAGAGAUGGUUGUCCUUCUGGAAGGUUCUCCCAUCUCCAGAGAGGAACUCUAGAGCUCUGUCAGAGUGACCAUCGGGUUCUUGGUCACCUCCCUGACCAAGGCCCUUCUCCCCUGAUUGAUCAGUUUGGCCGGGCAGCCAGCUCUAGGAAGAGUCUUGACGGUUCCAAACUUAUUCCAUUUAAGAAUGAUGGAGCCCACUGGGUUCUUUGGGACCUUCAAUGCUGCAGAAAUAUUUUGGUACCCUUCCCCAGAUCUGUGCCUCAACACAAUCCUGUCUCGAAGCUCUACGGACAGUUCCUAAAACCUGUUUUUGCUUUGUCAUUAUGGGGUAUUGUGUGUAGAUCACUGAGGAUGUUUAUUUAUUUAAUCCAUUUUAGAAUAUGGCUGUAACGUAAAAUGUGGAAAACUUAAGGGGUCUGAAUUCUUUCCGAAGGCACUGUAGGUACAAAUGUAGGAUCUUAAUUUGAUCACUCUUUUUUUGCUGAGAAUGUUCCUGCACAGCAGGAAAUAUAACUUGUAGUAUAUUCAAGGUUUAAAAAGGCUUCUAAAGUUAGUAAUUUCCAUUUAAAAAUGUCAGACUUGAUUUGCCCUAACAAAAAUGUAUCAACCCCUACAAAAAAAAUGCAUUAAUUAUAAUCCACAUAAUAAUUCACAUUUCCUGUUGCUGUAGGAUUAUUUUAUUUUAUUUUAUGAAAAUGUUUAUUCUCAAAACUGCAAUGAAGAUUUGAAAAACACAGUUCCAGAUGCUGUUUUGUAAAGUCUGCACUAUUUUGUCUGAUAGGCCAUCUAGGGUAGUGUGUGAUAUAUGUUGUCUGUUGUGAGAAAAGAUAACAAGGGAAUGAAAUCCUCUGCUCCUACUGAAAUUAUGUAGCUUUUUAAUAGAUAUGAGGAAAGAAUAAAAUAAAUUCCACAUACAAAUUACAAAAUGUUUUCAGAUAUUUAUAUUAACGUUAUACCAGUUUAGUGUAACUGGCAGAUUUUUGUUUUAUAGCAAGAGAUAGUUAGACUUGAUAGCAGUUGUCUGUGUCCAUGUGUUGCUUUGAUAUUAAGGAUCUUCUCUUCUCAGUGAUCCCUAAGGUGACCAAGCACCUCCUGUCCAACCCAGUAUAUACCUGCAUCACGCUGGCUGCCUGUAUGGAGAUUGGUGUAGUGGCUGGCUUCGCUGCCUUCCUGGGGAAGUACCUGGAGCAGCAGUUUAACCUCACAACCUCCUCAGCCAAUCAACUACUAGGUGAGUGGCACGCAUAUGCACGACACACACACACUCUCUCUCUCACAUACAUGCACAUAUACACACACACAUACACACAGCCCCAGACCCCCUGGUGCCACACAGUAGACAGAGAGCAGUACAAUGAGAAGCAUCAGUGCAGUAUAUGAGAAGGAGAUUAGCUUAACCUGGUGGUAUUAACUCUCUCUAGGUAUGACGGCCAUCCCCUGUGCUUGUCUGGGGAUAUUCCUGGGGGGGCUUCUGGUCAAGAAGCUGAACCUCUCAGCCCUGGGGGCCAUUCGCAUGGCCAUGCUGGUCAACCUGAUCUCCACCGCCUGCUACGUCUCCUUCCUCUUCCUUGGCUGUGACACAGGGCCUGUCGCUGGGGUGACCGUCCCCUAUGGCAAUGAGUAAGAACAGCCUGUACAUACACUGGUUUAGUAUAUGUAAUAGCAGCGCUCCUGUUGGGGGAAGGGUGUUUGAUGAAAGUGGGAACAAAGUCAGCCACACUCUGACAACGGAAACGUUUGUCAGAAUAUACGUUUUACAAAAUCAGUUUUCACCAAUUUUUAAGAGACCAAUUAUAGGAUAAUAGCUUGUAGGGGAGAGUGGGGUAAGUUGAGACAUUCAGCAUCACUCCGUCAAGGGAAAUAUUGUAUUCUUUCUAACAAAGAUAUCUACAUAUAUUUAAGGAUGUUGUGUAUCCCUGGAAAUAAUCAUAAUUCAUGUAAACAUUACAGUUGAAAAUUGAAAACAUAGCUUGUCCAAAAAAAGUGGUCUCUUGGCACAACUUACCCCGGGUUUGGGCUAAGUUGAGCUGUGGGAAAGGGUAAGUUAAGCCACCUACACAUUUCUGUACUGAAUUCAAUGUUACCACUACCUUUUUAAAAUCAUGACUAUCUUUAUUUCCCAAACACAACUCAACACAAUCACAAUCGCUUUUUUGUAUUUUAAUAAAUGUAAGAAUAUUUUAACACCUAACAAACACAACACUUUUAACAUAGGCCAGGCCUUGUUGUUACCUCAUAUCCCAGCGAUAAUGCCUUGCAUUACGCCUGGGAAGAAAACACUUUAAUUUGCUCAACUUGCCAUUGGCUCAACCAUUGGCUCAACUUAGCCCAUGGCUUUUGGCUCAACUUACCCCAAGGCAAACAUUUUGACUAUAUUAGCCCACACAGCUACAAGGAUGCACUUUCAUGCUAGGUUUAGGACCACAUAUUGAAGCUUAUAGAGACCCCAACUGAUGUGUAGAACAAUCUAACACAAUACAUUCAUUUGACUUGGUGAAAAUCAGUUUUUUGGACCUAACUUGCUUACCAAUUUUUUCUUGUGGUUUCUUCCUUCACAAACUCCAUGAAAUGAUGACCUCUUUCUAAAUAUUUGGUCAAAUGAUUCAUUUUGUGUAUGGUUCCCUAGAAACAGGGAUGGCUCAACUUCCCCUUUGGCUCAACUUACCCCACUCUCACAUACUGGAAAUUUGCUUUGCACUGUUUAGCUUGUUUAUUUAGGGACAUAGUAGCAUUUCUGAUAUGUACACAGUAUAGUCUGAACAGCGGUUUGUAUCUCUCUCUCUUCCUCUCUCUCUCUUUCUCUCCCGCUCUCUCCAGGACACUGCGGGUGGGCGAGAAACCAGAAGUCCCCUGCAUGAGUAACUGUAACUGCUACACCUCCUCAGUCAGCCCAGUGUGCGGCUCCAAUGGAGUCACCUACCUGUCCUCCUGCUUUGCAGGCUGCACUACAACAGUGAGCACAGGCAUCUACCCCCCUCCGGCUCAGGUCAUUAUCCUGGAAGCCUUCCACCCUCAUCUCCCUGCGUCCCAUUAUGUCCUGUGAUAGAUAGAAGCAUUCACCACAGCCCAAAUUUUGGUCAUUGAAGUACAGAGCAGCCAUCCUAGAAAUAGAAUCCCUGGAAUGGACACAAUGUUCUGUCUUAUGAGCAACGGUGGACCAGUACAAUAUGUUGUCUCCAGUGCUCAUAUGUACCAUACAGAUGCCCUGAUAUUAUGUUACCCUUCAUUAAACCAAAGUAACUUCCAUCAUGGCCUUCAUGCACAUCAAGCUGUGACAAAUCCAUUACCUUUCAAUGGCAUCUAGAGAUCCUACAUCUAGAUGGUCUUCAUUGUUACAACUUGCUCUGUAUUUAGAUGCUUCUCCCCAUGCAGUGAACCGAAGCAGGCUGUGGAUGAAUGUUCUUUAUCACACUCCUCUCACUUUUAUGAAUCAUAGGUAUUAUAUCUCUGUGUUACUGUGUGCAGUCAGAGCGUUGACCUUUCUACAUAUGAAAUCUCUGGGUUUUUAUUAACACUGCACAAAUAGAGUCACCACCAUUGGUCAUUUUACAUUUCCCCAACAACCUACAUAUAGAGAGAUGAAAGAGAUGUGAGACUGCUUUGUUGUAUCUGUGUUCAUCUGGCUUAUUGUCACAUAAAGUUAGAAAGUAACACUAAUGCAGAUAUACCUAUUCUCUUGUCUUCAGAAUCUGACAGGGUGUACAUGUAUAUCCAGUGACAGUGAGAUGGCCACAGCUGUCCCAGGGAAGUGUCCCAGUCCAGGCUGCCAGGAGGCCUUCCUCACCUUCCUCUGUGUCAUCUGUGCCUGCUGCAUGAUUGGCUCCAUGGCUCAGACACCCUCCGUCAUUAUCCUCAUCAGGUAACACCACUGGCAUUCACCUUACCACCAUGCCAUAACUUGCCCAGUAGAACCCAGUCAAAAUGAAGAGAAGGUUUACUUUACUCAGAGACAUCUCUCUCUUUCCUGUGUGUAACAAAUACUGUGUUCCCUUCUCUUCCUAGAACUGUGAGCCCUGAGCUGAAAUCAUAUGCUCUUGGAGUUUUGUUUCUCUUGCUGCGACUACUUGGUAUGUUAUAGUACCGUUACACUUACAUCUGAACUAGUCAGGUUGCACUGUUACAUUACUUUGUUGAUAAAUCAAACAUACUGAGGUUUCAGAUGCUACAGGCUGGUCAUGGCUCACAUUAACACCAUCAUCCCGGAAACCCCAGACCCACUCCAAUUCGCAUACCGCCCCAACAGAUCCACAGAUGACGCAAUCUCAAUCGCACUCCACACUGCCCUUUCCCACCUGGACAAAAGGAACACCUACGUGAGAAUGCUAUUCAUUGACUACAGCUCACAAAGCUCAUCACUAAGCUAAGGACCCUGGGACUAAACACCUCCCUCUGCAACUGGAUCCUGGACUUCCUGACGGGCCGCCCCCAGGUGGAUAGAGUAGGCAACAUCACAUCUGCCACGCUGAUCCUCAACACGUGGGCCCCUCAGGGGUGCGUGCUUAGUCCCCUCCUGUACUCCCUGUUCACCCACGACUGCGUGGCCAAGCACGACUCCAACACCAUCAUUAAGUUUGCUGACGACACAACAGUGGUAGGCCUGAUCACGAACAACGAUGAGACAGCCUAUAGGGAGGAGGUCAGAGACCUGGCAGUGUGGUGCCAGGACAACAACCUCUCCCUCAACGUGAGCAAGACAAAAGAGCUGAUCGUGGACUACAGGAAAAGGAGGGCCGAACACGCCCCCAUUCACAUCGACGGGGCUGUAGUGGAGCGGAUCGAGAGUUUCAAGGUCCUUGGUGUCCACAUCACCAACAAACUAUCAUGGUCCAAACACACCAAGACAGUCAUGAAGAGGGCACAACAACACCUUUUCCCCCUCAGGAGACUGAAAAGAUUUGGUAUGGGUCCCCAGAUCCUCAAAAAGUUAUACAGCCGCACCAUCGAGAGCAUCCUGACCAGUUGCAUCACCGCCUGGUAUGGCAGGCCCAAAAAAUUCUCAAAGACUCCAGUCACCCAAGUCAUAGACUGUUCUCUCUGCUACCGCACGGCAAGCGGUACCGGAGCGCCAAGUCUAUGUCCAAAAGGCUCCUUAAUAGCUUCUACCCCCAAGCCAUAAGACUGCUGAACAAUUAAUCAAAUGGCCACCCGGACUAUUUACAUUGCUGCUAUUCGCUGUUUAUUAUCUAUGCAUAGUCACUUUACCCCUACCUACAUGUACAAACUACCUCGACUAACCUGUACCCCUGCACAUUGACUCAGUAAUGGUACCCCCUGUAUAUAGCCUCGUUAUUGUUAUUUUAUUGUGUUACUUUUUAUUUUUUAUUUUAGUUUAUUUAGUAAAUAUUUUCUUAACUCUAUUUCUUGAACUGCAUUGUUGGUUAAGGGCUUGUAAGUAAGCAUUUCACGGUAAGGUCUACACCUGUUGUAUUCGGCGCAUGUGACAAAUAAAAUUUGAUUUGAUUUGAUACAGUUUGUUGACCAAUACUGGUGUGAUGUUAAGGCUAAAGUAUUGAUUUCUCCAGCUGUAGAGAUGAAAAGCUUGUGCUGCUGAUCUAAUCUUCUCCUCACCUGUUUUGUAGGAUUCAUCCCCCCUCCUCUGAUCUUUGGUGCUGGGAUUGACUCAACAUGCCUUUUCUGGAGUACAGAGUGUGGGGAUAAGGGAGCCUGCCUGCUGUACGACAAUAUUGCCUACAGACAUCUGUAUGUGAGCCUGGCCAUCGGUCUUAAGGUCACCGCCUUCAUUCUGUACACCACCACCUGGUACUGUUUACGCAAGAACUAUAAGAAAUACAUCAAAAAUCAUGAGGGCUAUACGACACCAACCGAACUGUUCCCCUCCAGUCUCACGAUGGACAACAUGAAGGAUGGGAGUCAGAACCCAAACAGGACAACGUUUAUAUACAACCUAGAGGACCAUGAGUUGUGCGAAAAUAUGGAGUCGGUUUUAUAG